CCUGUUAUCUCGACUUGGCCCAGUUCUCAACAUGAGAAGAAAAUGUAAUAUUUCAUCCGAUUCCAGUUUCAUCUCUUGGGUUUGUUCUUCCCCUGUUCUUCAUCAAUGAAAUCAGAUGCAAAAGCAUAGGAUCGCAAAACGGCUUGAGAAACGCAACAUCAACAGCCGAGGAGGAAGUAACUUGCAAGAGAGAACCAGUGAAAGGGGGAAUUGUUACCCAGGAAAAUGAGUGAGCUCUUAACAACCUUGUCGAAGAAGAUAGAGGUGGAUACCAUCAUCAGAGACACCUUUGAUAAGGUUGUGGUCCUCCGUUUUGGUCGUGCCUCUGACCUUACCUGUCUCCAGCAAGAUCACAUUCUUUCUAAGGCCGCUAGGGACGUGUCUAAGUUUGCAACUGUGGCGUUGGUUGAUGUUGACUCGGAGGACAUUCAGGUCUAUAUCAAAUAUUUUGACAUCACUUUGAUACCAUCUACGGUGUUCUUUUUCAAUGCCCAUCACAUGAAAAUGGAUUAUGGGACUGCUGAUCAUACCAAAUGGAUUGGUGCUUUUCUCUCAAAACAGGACUUCAUUGAUGUUGUAGAGGCAAUAUUCAGAGGAGCAAUGAAGGGAAAGCUAAUUGUUAAUUCUCCUCUCCCGCCUGAGCGUAUACCAAAAUUUCAGAUACUAUACAAGGAUGUCUGAACAUUGAAAUCAAUCCUUCAAUCUUUUCUUUUCGUAGAGGUAUUUGAAAAUUUCAUAUACUUGUAUUAUUGCUUUUUACCCUCUUUUUCUUUUCAUGUUUUGACUUGUAAAACUGGUCUUUGGCUUAGAAAUGUGCUGAUUUGUAUAAAUGAGCUUUUGCGUGUUGAAAUUCCACUCUUUGGUUCAUAAAUGAAAAUAGGAUCAUCUUA